AUGAGACCUCGAGGUAUCCCUCUCCUGGCAGUGGUCCUUGUCUUGGGGCUGUGUGCUCUGGUGGAGGGCCAGAAACCUUCUGCCUGUCAGUGCUCCCGGAUGACACCGGAGAACAGAAAGAACUGUGGCUUCCCCGGCAUUACCAGCGAUGAGUGCUUUAAUAAUGGUUGUUGCUUUGACUCCAGCGUCGGUGGGGUCCCCUGGUGUUUCCACCCACUUCCAAACCAAGCAGAGGAGCAGUGUGUCAUGGAAGUGUCAGCCCGCAAGGAUUGUGGGUUCCCGGGUAUCAGCCCCGAGGAGUGUGCCUCUAGAAAGUGUUGCUUCUCCGACCUGGUCUUCGAGGUGCCCUGGUGUUUCUUCCCACAGUCUGUGGAAGACUGUCAUUACUGA